UAUCGAAACGCGAACGCGACAAGAGAGAAGUACGGUUAUUUCCUAUAAAUAUUUCACAGUCCUAAUUCAGUAUGGAUGAUUGGCUUCGCGACGAGAGACUCAACAUAUCGAGGCAACGACUGUUUCACGUAACCGAUAUAUCUCCAGUAAUUUAUACACACGAAAUACAAAUCGGCGGGGAAUAGGAAUCGGCAUUGCUGCCCUGCGAUAUUCACGGGUUACAAUCGUGUUAUUUGACGGUGCUCAGACUUGAAUGCGUUUCGCGUUUCACGCCUCGCAUUUUUCAAAAUAGUUUGCUCGCUGUAUUUUCGAACGGAGAGAGGAACAAUGUGUCGGAUCGAGGUACGAUUUGAUUCAAGAAAGACCGUGUGAUAUCCUCGGUUGCUUAUUGACAAUUUCUUUAAGAUAUUUGAAUAUUUUCGGGGUGAUACACUAAACUGGUUGGAAUUCAACAGCCGGUGACGUAUACAGCUAUUUUCGUGCAAUCCUCUUACGUUUGCACAAUCGAGACUAGAGCCGCCAGGCAGUGUCGUGUAUCGUCGUUUUAUUAUUCGAAACGGGAUCGUGACAAGUGUUGGGAGGAAAUUGCGACUGUUUGCUACAAACAGCUAGCAAUUAUUAACCCACGCGAACUAGUUCCGGUGAUCGACUCAUAAACGUAGUAUCGUAGCGACGGCUGGUUAUCGAAGCAUUGUUUCGUGUGCUCUGUUUGAAUUAAAGCCGCAGAGAGUGGAAAUUAUGGUUACGUGACGUUGACGCGGUAAUUGUCUCUUUGAAGAUUUACUUUACAUCUUAAAAUUUUGUAUUUAUAAAAAUGUAAGCCGCUCAUUGUCAUUUCUGAAAAGCAGCACGAAGCAGCGUAUCAUAACUUCGUGCAAUCGUACUUUUCUCGCCUCGUUACGGUAGAAUAAAGUGCAAAGUCGCGCGAGUCUGGAGUGCAGUGCGACGAUUGUGUUUUGACUAAUUGGUGUGCGAUCGUGUCUUUGCCAGUGAACAAUGAAUUGUGUCAGUGCAUCGAAUCUGAGAGAACGAGAGGACCGAAGAAGACCAGACGAGGAGAUAUCAGGUGAAGCAGCAACGCGGGACGACUGAAGCGGAUCGACGAGUUCCGGGUGGCGGUAUUGGCGUUCAUGGUCGUGCAGUUAUAAUGCUGGCAACUCCUGGCAAUUGAAUAAUACACACACACACACACAAACACGGAUUGGUUAUUCGAGAUGGACGUGAUCGUAUGUAAUCAGCACGAAACCAGCAGCAUUGCGAGCAGCACUGAUGGCGCCGAGACUCAAUACGACGAGGAGAGCGCGCCUGACCUCGAUAUCGACGGAGAUCUGCCGUCCAUCGACGGCGACAACCGGAACAAGCUGCCCUUCCGCAGGAGCCUGUUCGAUAACGUGCCGCCUUACAUCGCCUUUCAGUCGUUCGACAGCAAGGUCAACUUGGUACUGCCAUACGAAGUGACGAGACAUCUCAAGUGGCACCUUACUACGAUAACACCGAUGUUGGUGCGCCGCAUCGUCGUGAAUUCCGGUUACCGGUUGAUGAAGAAGUGCCGGUAUUGGUGUGGCACUUGGGGCAAGCACAUGAAGUCCGUCGCCUACAAAGGUCUGAAGGAGUCGCAGAAGAUCAACCACUUCCCCGGCACCUUCCAGAUCGGCCGGAAGGACCGGCUCUGGCGCAACCUUAACCGGAUGAUGAUAAAGUACGGCAAGCGGGAAUUCGGCUUCGUGCCGCGCACCUACGUGCUACCUCAGGAUCUGCGUCUGUUCCGCCACGUGUGGGAGAAGAACGGCGGCAAGGAGAAAUGGAUCAUCAAGCCGCCGGCGUCCGCCCGCGGCACCGGGAUCCGCGUGGUCCACCGCUGGUCCCAAAUACCAAAGAAGCGCGCCGUCGUUGUGCAGCAGUAUCUGUCGCGGCCGAUGCUGAUACGAGGCGCCAAGUUCGAUCUGCGGCUCUACGUGUACGUCACCGGCUUCAAUCCGCUCAAGGUUUACAUAUACCCGGAAGGUCUCGUACGCUUCGCCUCCGUCAAGUAUAACGACGACAUCAACUACCUCAGCGAUCGUUUCAUGCAUCUCACCAACUACAGCAUCAACAAGACCAGCGCGACUUACACCAGCAACGACUGCGCGGACUCCAGUACCGGCCACAAGUGGACUUUGAGGACCCUGUGGUCCUACCUCGAGCAGGAGAACGUGGACGUCUCCAGGAUAUGGCAGUUGAUAAAAGACAUAGUCAUCAAGACGAUGAUAGCCGGCGAAUCUUCUAUCAACACUCUGACGCGAGCUAAUACAACUUCGAGGUAUUGUUGCUACGAGCUGUUUGGCAUCGAUAUUAUUCUGGACGAGAACCGGAGACCGUGGUUACUCGAAGUGAAUAUAUCGCCCUCUCUACAGUCUUCCUCGCCUCUCGACAUCGCGGUCAAGGGGCCCCUCAUUAGAAACCUCUUUAAUAUAGCCGGAUACCAACUGCCCACGUGCAUACCGGCGGAGGAAGUGGAGAAACUAGCCCAAAGAUAUCAGUUAGAUCCGGUGUGCCAAGAUUACAGACUGCACCAAACUACCCUUAGCUACCAGGAACAGCUUAAACAGGGCAUGUACGCGAACCUGAGAAACCGUGAGGAUUACCUCGACGAAAUUCUCGAUGAUCUCAUGCCGGACGACGUAAGACACCUGAUCGCUUACGAGGACGAGUUAACACAGUUGGGGAAUUUCGAAAAAAUCUUCCCUACUACGAGUAGCCACCAGUACUUGCAGUUUUUUGAUAUUCCGAGAUACUACAACAUGUUAUUUGACGCGUGGGAGACCAAGUAUAGUGAUAAUCGAGAACAGGGGAUCUCUCGAUUGCAGAAGCUGUGCAAGACCAAGUAUCACCUGGAAGCGAUCUUUUAGAUAGUAAUCCUUUUUUUUCAUACGCCAUUUUACAACGAUGGUACCGACAUCAAAGAGACGCGGAGCUGCGGCAUCGUCCCCGUUAUCGAUGCCUUAAUCGUGUGGAAACCUUUUUGUUUCGCAUGCUACGCGUACUUUGUUGUAUACGGGUAAACGUACCAUUUCCAUGUCCGUUGGUUCGCCAAGGAACCAAAUUCAUUAUGUGCCUUUUCCCACGGUUGUGCGAAUUUACUUUAUUAUAAUAAAAUUGUCUUUAAUAAA